AUGAAAGACAAGCCGAUAACCUUCACCGACCGAGACCUUCCCCUUGGAGGAGAUCAUUCUGCCGAGGCACUGGUCAUCACUGUUGACAUUUGCGGAGCUGAGGUCCGAAGGGUGAUGGUAGACACCGGUAGCAGCGUUAAUGUGCUGUACUUAGAGGCCUUCCAAAAGUUAAAAAUUGAAAGAUCAGCACUAACACCGGUCCGAACACCGCUGUCGGGUUUUACGGACGACAUGGUCCAUCCUGAGGGAAUGGUCGUCCUCCCGGUGGAGGUCGGAGUUUAUCCGAAAAUUUUGAAAAUAGAGAUGGAGUUCAUCGUUGUCAAUUUGGCAUGUGUGCACAAUGUCAUCUUAGGACGCCCGGGGAUAGCUCAGAUGAAGGCAAUCAUCUCCAUGCCUCAUCUGUGUAUGAAGUUCCCGACCCCGGAAGGUGUCGGGACAGUCCAGGGAGAUCCACGGUCGGCCAGAUUGUGCUACGUCCGGGCAGUGGAGAAGCAAGCCGCAGGCACGUCUCGUGUGAAUACCAUUGCCCGACGAAAGGAUGAGGAAAAGAAGGAGCAGCCUGGGCCCUCCGAGCCCGUUGAAGAAGUGCCCUUGGAGUUGGAGCGACCUGAACGAUGCGUCAGAAUCGGAACGUCUCUUGACCCGGACCUAAGGCGAUCGAUCCUUAUCGUGCUGCGAGAGUUCGCCGACAUUUUCGCCUGGGGCCCGGAGGACAUGCCUGGAAUCGACCGAGAUGUCAUAUGCCAUCGGCUGUCCGUCAGUCCGACCUCCAAGCCUGUUAAACAAAAGCAAAGGCACCUAUCCGUUGAUCGACGCGAGUUCGUUAAGGGGGAAGUCAAGGCCCUGCUCUCGGCAGGACAUAUCCGAGAGGUUACAUACCCGGAAUGGGUCGCGAACGUAGUCUUGGUGCCCAAGCCCCCGGCUUGGCGCAUGUGCAUCGACUACACCGACCUUAACCGUGCUUGCCCCCUCGAUCCGUAUCCACUCCCAAGCAUUCACCAGAUGGUCGACGAGACGGCCGGAGCGGAACUCAUGAGCUUCAUGGAUGCUUUUAAAGGAUAUCACCAGAUUAUGAUGUCCGAGGCCGAUGAGGAGAAGACAACGUUUGUGACGCCGGAUGGAUUGUACUGUUACCGAGUGAUGCCGUUCGGACUAAGGAACGCCGGGGCUACGUACCAACGGAUGAUCAAUUUAGUGUUCGGAGGAUUGCUGGGACGAUCUAUGGAAGCUUACAUCGACGAUAUGCUCGUCAAGAGCACUGUUCGAGCCGACCAUCGGUUAAGGCUAAACCCGAAGAAGUGCACUUUUGCCGUGCAGACUGGGAAGUUUUUGGGCUACAUGAUGACCAGACGGGGAAUAGAGCCGAACCCGGCCAAAAUCCAAGCCAUCUUGGACAUGAGACCCCCGACCAGCAUUAGGGAAGUGCAACAACUCACCGGCCGGUUGGCCGCGCUCAGCCGGUUCCUCUCCAAGCUAGCAGACCGAGCUCAUCCCUUCUUCAAGAUCUUGAAAAAUUCCAACGGCUUUACUUGGGAUGAUGACAGUCGGGCAGCCUUUGAAGAUCUCAAAGCUUAUUUGGCGUCCCCAAUCGUCCUGUCAAAACCCGAGCCAGGGGAAGAUCUGGAGGUAUAUCUCGCUGUCUCAGACCGGGCCGUCAAUGCGGUCUUGUGCCGAGUGGAUCAUGAAGGAGUACAGCGACCAGUGUACUACGUCAACCAUGCUUUGCAGGGACCGGAAUUCCGAUACACUCGGCUGGAGAAGGUGGUGUUCGCGCUAGUCACGGCGGCGAAACGACUGACGCCUUACUUUCAACGUCUGAAUAUUCGAGUGUUAACAGAUCAGCCGAUUGGGGCCAUCCUCAGGACCUCAACCUCUUCGGGACGCCUGGUCAAAUGGGCCAUGAUGUUGACGCAGUUUGCAUUGGAGUAUAAACCCCGACCAUCCAUCAAGGCCCAAGCUCUAGCUGAUUUCAUGGUGGAAUGCACCGCGCGAGACGCUGAAGCCGACCAGAAUAGCCCCUAUGCCCCUGAAUGGUGGGAAGUUAGUACCGACGGGUCCAGCGGGAAGAAGGGAGCGGGAGCAGGGAUAGUCGUCACGACCCCCGAGGGCUUCAAAGCUUACUAUGCUAUUUUGCUCCGCUUCUCGCCGAACAACAAUGAGGCCGAGUAUGAGGCCCUAAUCGCCGGGUUACAGCGAGCAAGACAACUGGGGGCGAAGGCCAUCCGAGCAAAAACGAAUUCCGCGCUGGUCGUCAGACAGGUUAGUGGCGAGUUCGUCACCAACGGAGAUAAACUGAUGAUCUACAAGGAUCGAGUGCUGGCCGUCCUGCGACAGUUUGAAGCCCACGAGCUCACCCACAUUCCCAGGUCAGACAACGCCGAUGCAGACAUGUUGUCUCGGCUGGUACAUGAGGCCCCCGAGCAUAUAUCGAACAUAGCUCACAUCGAGGAAGCGGUUGCGCCAUGCAUCGACUCCUUUGAAGUUGAGCCGGUCGGAGUGGAACAGGACUCAUGGAUCACCGACCUCAAAGAAUACCUUCAAGAUGGGAAAAUACCUGAAGAAGAAGACCGAGCGCGCAAAGUGCGGCUCCGAGCACCCAGAUUUCAGAUCGUGGACGACCGCCUAUACCGACGAUCCUAUGGGGGCCCACUGAUGAGGUGUUUAAACGCGUUCGAAGCAGAUAUAGUCAUGAAGGAGUUGCACUCGGGCCUGUGCUCGGCACAUCAGGGGGGCAGUCAGAAGUUCGCAAAGACUCCUGGUCGGCCGGCGACCUUUUACCAACCGAUUAGCACGGCAAUCCCAUUCGCUCGCUGGAGGGUGGACAUCAUAGGCCCGUUCCCGAUGGUGGCAGCUCGGAAGAAGUUCGUGAUCGUGGUUAUCGACUACUUUUCAAAGUGGAUUGAGGCGGACCCCUUGGCGACCAUAACGGCCCAACAGUGCGCGCGCUUUAUAUGGAGGAACGUCAUCGCUCGCUUCGGAGUUCCCGUGCACCUGAUCACGGACAAUGGAAGGCAGUUUGAGAGCCAAUAUUUUCAAAACUUUCUAGCUACGGUCGGCACAAAGUCCAUCCGAUCGUCUGUGGCAUACCACCAAGGAAAUGGUCAGGUCGAGAACGCAAACCGGACGAUCCUAGAUGGACUGAAGAAGAAGCUGUUUGAUGCCGGUAGGAGCUGGGCAGAUGAAUUGCCUUACGUACUGUGGGCGUAUCGGACAACUCCUCGGGAGGCCACCAAGGAAACCCCCUUUGCACUGGUGUACGGAGCUGAAGCUCGACUGCCGAUCGAAGCCUGGAUCCCGACAUCCCGCGAGCGAGGUUACGAUGAGGCUAACAACGAGCGAAUGAUGAUUGCAGAGCUUGACGCCGUGGAGGAAAGAAGGGAGGUCGCGGCCCGGAGAAUAGUUGAGUAUCAGAACAAGAUAAAGCAGUCCCGUGACCUUCGAGUUCGACCGAGGUACUUCCAAGUGGGAGAUUACGUUCUCCGAGAUCGGAAAGCCAGCCGGCCAAAUGACGGUGGAAAGUUCGCACAAACCUGGGAAGGGCCGCAUGUCAUCUCCGCCGUAAUCCGACCUGGCACCUACAAGUUGGAAACCACCACGGGGAGGCCGGUCGAUCGGAUUUGGAACUCGGAGCAUUUAGUGCUUUUUCGCCAUUAA